CUCCCAGAAUCCUGUGCGAAUUUCCACGAGCAAAGAUGGCGGCGCUGUGUCGAGCUGUGCGUUCUAUGAGCAGCGGCGCGUGCGCUGGUGUUGUUACGAGGCGGGCAAUUUCUUGUCAUAAAGUCCUGUUCCACACAGACAGCCCUGGCGAAACGGGAGGAGACCCAGAGUCCAAGGCGAGCGCUUCUGCAGCGGAGAAGCCGAAGAGCGGCUUUGCCGCCGCCUUCGAGCUGCACUCGGACUUGCAGCAGCAGCAGCAGCAAGAGAGAGCGGCAGGAGAGGCGACCCCCGGGACGGGUUCCUUCGCGUCCAUGCUGCGACAGUCUCCUCUGAUACAGAUGGGGCCAGCCAAGGACAAAAUCGCCGUGGGAAAGAUCUUUCACGUCGUUGAAAACGACCUGUACAUUGACUUUGGGGCAAAGUUUCACUGCGUUUGCAAGCGGCCCGAGGUGGACGGGGAUAAGUACCUGCGCGGCUGUCGGGUGCUUGUGCGGCUGGUUGAUCUGGAGAUGACUUCCCGGUUCCUGGGGGCGCACACGGACACCACCGUACUGGAGGCAGACGCCGUUCUUUUAGCACUGAUCGAUAAAGGCGCUGGGCCGAAAGAGUAGCCUGUGUGGAAUGGACGGAGUGCGGCGUGAGGCCUGUUACUGUCCUGCUGCUUAUUCUCUGAUAAUAAAUCACCCUGAUCAUGUAGAGAA